AGCGCCCGUUGCACGCUCACACACAAACGCUGCCCGGGAUUGCCGCCCGCCCGCUCGCGCCGCGCUGUUCCGCUCCUCCUCCUCGCGGCCCCACAUUGUUCUCUCAGGACGCCGGGGUCCCCGGGCCGCUUCCCCCGCGGCCCCGCUGCGGGGCUGGAUUAGCUCGUCCCCGCAGGGAGGUGCGGGAGCGCGCGGCAGCCCCGCAGUAUGAGGUGGUGCCGGCGGCUCGGGGCCGUGGCGCGGCCGCUGCGGCGCCGGCUGCUGGGCGGGCGCUGAGGGAGCCCCGGGGGCGGCGCGGCCGGGCCUCCAGGCUUUUCUUCUGCAGCCGGGAGGACGCGGCUGGGGCACGAAGACCUUGUGUGGACAGUAAUGACCUCACGUUUCCGAUUGCCUGCUGGCAGAACCUACAAUGUACGAGCAUCAGAGUUGGCCCGAGACAGACUGCAUACAGAGGUGGUUUGCAACACCCUUCUUCUGGAUGACACUGUGCAGGCUUUCAAAGUUAGUAAACAUGAUCAGGGGCAGGUUCUGUUGGAGAUGGUCUUCAGGCACCUUGAUUUGACUGAGCGUGACUAUUUUGGUUUACAGCUGGCUGACGAUUGCACAGAUAACCCAAGGUGGCUGGAUCCAAACAAACCAAUAAGGAAGCAGCUAAAGAGAGGAUCUCCUUACAGUUUGAACUUUAGAGUCAAAUUUUUUGUAAGUGACCCCAACAAGUUACAAGAAGAAUAUACAAGGUACCAGUAUUUUUUGCAAAUCAAACAAGACAUUCUUACUGGAAGAUUGCCCUGUCCUUAUAACACUGCUGCUCUUUUGGCUUCAUUUGCUGUUCAGUCUGAACUUGGAGACUACAAUCAAUCAGAAAACUUGCCAGGCUACCUCUCAGAUUAUUCUUUCAUUCCUAAUCAACCUCAAGAUUUUGAAAAAGAAAUUGCAAAACUACAUCAGCAACAUACAGGCUUAUCUCCUGCAGAAGCAGAAUUUAAUUACCUGAACACAGCACGUACCUUAGAACUCUAUGGAGUUGAAUUCCACUAUGCAAGGGAUCAAAGUAACAAUGAAAUUAUGAUUGGAGUGAUGUCAGGAGGAAUUCUGAUUUAUAAGAACAGAGUACGAAUGAAUACCUUUCCAUGGUUGAAGAUUGUAAAAAUUUCUUUUAAGUGCAAACAGUUUUUUAUUCAACUGAGAAAAGAAUUGCAUGAAUCUAGAGAAACAUUAUUGGGAUUUAACAUGGUGAAUUACAGAGCAUGUAAAAACUUGUGGAAAACAUGUGUAGAACAUCACACAUUCUUCCGUUUGGACAGACCACUUCCACCUCAAAAGAAUUUUUUUGCACAUUAUUUUACAUUAGGUUCAAAAUUCCGGUAUUGUGGGAGAACUGAAGUCCAGUCAGUUCAAUAUGGCAAAGAAAAGGCAAAUAAAGACAGGGUGUUUGCAAGAUCCCCAAGUAAGCCUUUGGCACGGAAAUUAAUGGAUUGGGAAGUAGUAAGCAGAAAUUCACUAUCUGAUGACAGGUUGGAAACACAAAGCCUUCCGUCGCGAUCCCCACCUGGCACUCCUAAUCAUCGAAAUUCUGCGUUCACCCAAGAGGGAACCAGGUUACGGCCGUCUUCAGUGGGUCAUUUGGUCGGCCACGUGGUUCACACCUGCCCAGGCGAGGCAUUCGUGAGGCAUCGGUCUCCAUCUUCCACACAAGCUAACAGCAUUGUUUUGGAAUCAUCUCCAUCACAAGAGACCCCUGGAGAUGGGCAGCCUCCAGCUUUACCACCCAAACAAUCAAAGAAAAACAGUUGGAACCAAAUUCAUUUUUCACAUUCUCAACAAGAUCUGGAAAACCAUAUUAUUGAAACAUUUGAUGUUCCAUCUUCCCCUGAAAAAGCUACUCCUAAUGGUGGUAUUCCACAUGAUAAUCUUGUCCUAAUCAGAAUGCAACCUGAUGAAAAUGGAAGGUUUGGAUUCAAUGUAAAGGGAGGAUGUGACCAGAAGAUGCCUGUGAUCGUGUCCCGAGUUGCGCCAGGAACACCUGCCGACCUGUGUGUCCCUCGACUGAACGAAGGGGACCAAGUGGUGCUGAUCAACGGUCGGGACGUUGCGGGACACACCCACGACCAGGUGGUCCUGCUCAUCAAAGCGAGCUGCGAGAGGCAUUCUGGGGAGCUCGUCCUCCUAGUUCGACCCAAUGCUGUGUAUGAUGUAGUGGAAGAAAAGCUAGAGAAUGAGCCGGACUUCCAGUACAUUCCUGAGAAAGCCCCGCUAGAUAGCAUCCAUCAGGAUGACCAUUCCCUGCGGGAGUCGAUGGUCCAGCUGGCUGCGGGGCUUAUCACUGGAACAGUGCUGACACAGUUUGACCAACUAUAUCGGAAAAAACCUGGAAUGACAAUGUCUUGUGCCAAAUUACCUCAGAACAUUUCCAAAAAUAGAUACAGAGAUAUUUCGCCUUAUGAUGCUACACGGGUCAUUUUAAAGGGUAAUGAAGACUAUAUCAAUGCAAAUUAUAUAAAUAUGGAAAUUCCUUCCUCUAGAAUAAUAAAUCAGUACAUCGCUUGCCAAGGGCCGUUGCCGCACACCUGUGCGGACUUCUGGCAGAUGGCGUGGGAACAAGGCUGCUCCACGGUUGUGAUGCUGACCGCGCAGGCCGAGCACGGCAGAGUUAAGUGUCACCAGUAUUGGCCGGAACCCACAGGAAGUUCAUCCUAUGGGUGCUACCAAGUCACCUGCCACUCGGAAGAAGGAAACACUGCAUAUGUCUUCAGGAAGAUGACACUGUUUAACCAGGAGAAAAAUGAGAGUCGGCAACUCACUCAGAUCCAGUAUAUAGCCUGGCCCGACCAUGGGGUCCCUGACGAUUCAAGUGACUUUCUGGAUUUUGUUUGCCAUGUACGAAAUAAGAGGGCCGGCAAGGAAGAACCUGUUGUUGUUCAUUGCAGUGCUGGGAUUGGAAGAACCGGGGUUCUUAUUACCAUGGAAACAGCCAUGUGUCUCAUUGAAUGCAAUCAGCCAGUUUAUCCACUAGAUAUUGUGAGAACAAUGAGAGAUCAACGAGCCAUGAUGAUCCAAACUCCUAGUCAAUACAGAUUUGUAUGUGAAGCUAUUCUGAAAGUUUAUGAAGAAGGAUUUGUUAAACCUUUAACGACAUCAUCAAAUAAAUAAGAAAGCAAAGGUCUGGGAUAUGUGUUGGGAAACUGCUUUCCAUUAUACUCACUGUGCCAUGACACUGCUUACGGGAAAUGGCAUCUGAACAGACCAAAAAAAAAAAAAAAUGAAGAACUAACAAAAACUGAAAACUUCAGCACUGUUGCACUUUAUGUUUCAAAAAAGAGUCACUCUCUCAAAAUCUGGAAUUCACGUGUUUGAAGACUCGUUCACGCUUUGCUCCGAACAAAUAGCGAAUAACUGAGUAUGUCCGGGUAAUUUACGGACUCUUGCGGUGGUACCGUGCAGUCCGCUUCUGGUGGACUUGCCACAAACAAGGCCCAGAAUUCUCGUCGUCUCUGCUGUACACCUGUAUCUUGAGAGCAAAAAGAAGUCAACGUCAGGAGUCAGCUCUGGUGUUUCCCAGUGAUUCACGUUCUUACUCUACUGGUUACCAGAUGUUACUUUUUAAAUGUUAGCAAUAUCAUUCUCAAUAUUAGCCAAUACACUGCCUAUGGAUGCAGCACAUCUCUCCCUACACCUCCCCCCAUAGAGACCUGCUGUUUGGAAGAAGAAAGGUGGAAUUUGCUUCUCCCAGGAAAUGCUGCACAUUGUCCAUUUACCAGCAUCUUAUAGAAAGUAUAAAUAAGAAUCUACAAAUUUUCUUGAAUUUAAUAAUGUAACAUAUUUAUCAUAAGGUUGGCUUAUUCCAAAUCAUGUGAUUUCACAUACUUGAUGUAAAGGAAUGCAUGCAUUGUGUCUUAACCCCUUAAGUGCCUUGAGACGUCUUUGUAUGUCUAAUGAAAAGGCACUCCUUUGACCCCACUAGGAGGUAUGUAUGUAUAUUGUACAUUUACAGUUUUAUGCAUUUUGAAUCAGUUCACAUUUUUUAAAAUAGCUUCUCGUAUUGAGAGUUAUGCAGUCAAAGAAGAGUAAUGAAAUUCUAUUUCUUACUCAAUUCCUGUAUUUUGCCACAAGAAGCCAAGAUAAUUUGUGUUCUACUGAGUGAACGCUCUGCUGCUAUGGAAUUAUUCAAAACCUGCACAUUCCUUUCCUGAGGGACAGGGGUUACAGUUCAGCAGCUGAAGUUAAAAGAUGCUUUAUUCUUCAAAUUUCUUAUUUAUUUUAUCCCUAACUUUAGAAAUAGCAUCUACUAUACACAUUAAAGUUAAACAUAUGGAUACUCUAAACUAAAGUUAGAGCAGCUAAUUGUGACUUGUUUCUAUCACUAAGUAAAUGAUCAGCAUUCAUUUCAGUUCUUACCAAGCUUUGUUCACGCUGGUCUGUUGGUUGGGAGACCACAAACGAGGGAUGAAACGUCAUGGAGUGUUUCUAAUUGUAAUCCCUCAAUAGCUGAAAGGAGGGCUUUCUUGUCAUUUUUGUGUACAAUUAAAUUGCUCCAGUUUAUAUAUACUUAUUAAGUUAUAAGCAUGUUAAUAUGGAGAGUUUUGAUUGUCCAGCCUGAUGAAGGACCUGCUUCCCUUUAAGGAUGUGUAUAUUCUCCUCUUCAGGUUUUUUAAUUUUUAAGUCCUCAGAGAGAUAGAACUUUGAAAUUGCCCAAUUUUAAUAUAAGUGGAAAUUUUCUCAGCUAUUGAAAUGUUAUAUUACACAAUUACUUUCUAUGGAUUAUGGUUAAAAUAGAUUCACUUACUCUAGUGGUUUCUGAAUAUUUGUGUAUAGUCUUGAUAAAAUUUACAGUUGAAUGGUAGAUAUUUUGGAAUGUCAUUUAGUAUGAGCGGGAGAAUGUACAUUUUUAAAUCUUCAGUAUAAUCUAAAUGAUGUUAUUUCAAAUAUUCAAAAUCCAUAAUAGUAAAUUUUAGGAAGUUAAGUCCUAAACAUUAAUAGCCAAGAUACCAAAUACAUUAUUGUAUUAAAAUAUUUUACCUUUUUUUUAAAGAGAAAAGUAAGCAUGACCUUUAUGUCAAAGAGAAAUUCUUGUAUCUAUUUCUGAAUUUCACAGUCAAGACAGUGUAAGAUAGUAAAUAACUCCGUACAGUCUUUCUUGAACAUUCCGCUCGUUGCCAGCAGAUAGAUGUGAUUCAGGCUGCUGUACGACAUCAUGGUAAGUUGAAAAGUGAAAGAAUAAAAUGUCAGGGAUCUAAGAAUUAAUAACUGUUUUGGCAGUAGUUUUUCACCUGAAUUAAAAAGAAAACCUAUCCUAACUAUAUGGACAGAAUAUGACAACCAUAGAUAAAAAGAUAAAGUUAUAUAGACAUAAACAGAUAAAUGUCAUGGUUGUCAUGUUCUUUGAUUUAGGGCUCUGUUUACACUUCUGAGAGUAGCUCUAAUAAUUUGUUGGCAGUGAGCACUUCUGCCUUUUUAAAUCAUUAAUGACAGGCUUGUGGGAUCUUAGUUUCCCGACAAGGGAUCAAACCCUCGCCCCCUGCAGUGGAAGCGCCGAGUCCUAACCACUGGACGGCCAGGGAAGUCCCUGCCUGAGAAUGUUUUUAAUCUGUUCGUCAAUCUAAAUAGGGUUCUAGGAAUAAUCCCAGCUUUCAUACACCAAGUAGUUCUAGAUUCCACUCAUAUCAAUGUAAUAGUGUGUAACAACGUGCCAGAUUUCUUGUAUCUAAACUACCCUCCCCCUCCAGCGGCCAGUUCUCCCCCCCCCGCCCCCACCCUCCUGCAACACACACACACACACACUCAAGAAAUCAGUGCUGACUGUUAUUCUCACAACUGGAAAUAGGUAUUGGUGAACCAAGGGGCUUUUGUAAAUGCUAAGAAAUGUUUGUAAAAACCUUUCCUCUCUGAUUUAGGAUGGUUUUACCAGGUUCAUUUUCGGUCUUAUACUGAACAUCUGGUUUGUGUCAGCACUGUGUACAUAGGUUGAGGAAUAUUUUGGAAUAGACCGCAUUCACAAGAGGCAUACCUGGUAGUAUUUGUUAAACCAGUGCAUACAUCCGAAACCAAGGCAGAGUAAAUAGCAUAAGCAACCCUUUCCUUUGUGCGGCCUGCCCAGCACAAGUGGGGGGCGUUGACCAUGUUGGUUAAGAGUAAAGAGAAAAUUUACAGAUUAAAAACUGACUUCAAGUGUGUAAGCUAUGUUAAACCAUUAAGACAGGUGCUUGAAGGUUUCAAGUGCUAAUAUAUGCACGUAGAGAUGCUUUUGUGUGAUGAUGGCAUGUGUUGUUUCACAAAGGCUAAUACUAACAAACAGGGGUAAAGGACCUGUGGUACCUGUAGAGUUGUGUAUAAUCUGUUGGCAGGUCUGACCAGGUCUGACCAGGUAUUGGAACAAAGGCCUCCCGUCUACACCACAAGUACUACAACCUGAGCGCUGAAAGAAACUUGAAAGAUUUUAUCCAGUCUCACCUUCUAUUCUUAUAGGCAACGUAUGUGAAUAUCAUAAAUUCUUGUGAAGUUUAGUCUGUUUCAGUUCAAGAGUUAUACUCAGGCAGUGUUUUUACUUAAUAACUUGAUGACCUUAGAAGAUGUCAUUUAAUUUAGAGAACAAGUAGGCUUUAAAAAGCAAUCCUAAUUAGGGCCCCAACUCUGCUUGUCAUGCUUCCCUGAUAAACAGUAGCUUCUGUCAAGUAUUUAGGCUGAUACACAUGCAGUGUGAAAACAUUCUGAAAUGCAAAUUAGAGGUCUAAUUUUUAAAAGCACUUAAAACAUAGAACUAAGAUUUAGAAUGUAUGUCCACUUAUAAUUAAAUAAUUUAUGUUCAUAAUGUGAACGUGCAGUAGAAUUAAAGCAUUACUUGUUUUAUAAUCUUAUCGGGAAGGGAGAAGGAAACAAGAAUUUUUAACAAAGUUCUAUUUAAUAUCCAUGUUUUGAAUAUUUAAAGGUAUUCUGAUGGUAAGAUUGCCAAAGUAGUUUUGAAUUCAUAAAAAUUAUUUAUGCCACAAUAAUGUGGGAUAUGUUUACACCUCUUUUAUUUUGUAGUAAUUAUUUUGUAGUUUAGGCGAAUUUGCAUUUAAGUCACUUACAUUAAGGUAAAUAUUUGUUGAAACAAACAUCUUUUAAUAAUAAGAGGAGAGAGGUAAAUUAUGCCACAGCUUUCUUGUAUGUAAGCUGCCAUACCAACAAAGUAACUAUAUUAACACAGCUUACUUCCCACGUUUGCUUCAGCUAGCCAACCACAAUUUCUGCAACCAUUUUUAUUUUUUCUGGUGUUUCCUCUAAGUAAAAUACCUAUGUUUUUAAAACCCACUGGAUUAAUUUUAUCAAAUAUCAGAAUUACUGAUCUGUUGGCAAAGAUUUAUUGGGGUCUCUGUGAUCACAACACAGCUUGUAGCAACUGUUUUAUAAAGUUUUUAGAGAAUUGUAUAGCUCCAAAGGUAUUUGUAUAAUAACGAACCUUAUUUGAGGGCUAACUGCGAAUAGAUAAUUUCAGCAAUUUUAUAGAGAGCCCAUGAAAUUAAUCCCUAAAUUGUACUUUUCUGGUUUAACUUACUUUACAAAAUCUGCAACUAUUUUCAACACAAUGUUUUAUUACACACAGACUUCAUUUAUUCUCAGCAGCAAUUCCUACAAUAAGCCUUUCAAUGUUAUCAAAAACAAGCCCUAUUUCAGUGAGAAAUUAGACAUUUUAUUUUUAUAAUCUGGGUGAAAUUGUUGUGGGUAGACACCAAAUAGUUAUUUCUGUUUCCAUAUCUAAAUUUGCUGCUACUUAUUUGUAUGUUUUUCUACUGCAGUUUACUGUUGAUUUCUAAAGCUUCCUAGUCAUUGUUACCUUUAUUGUAGUAAUCCAAGCUAAAUGGGCAGCCAGAGGUGGAAUCCACCGGGGUACCAUCCAUCAACAUUGACUAGGUAGGGUUCAGCGCAUAAAUAAGUAAACCAAUUUUUUUUUUAACUUACAAAGUGAAAGGUAUUAGCAAUAUUGCAAGUUAAAGACUACAAUUUUAGGAGGAGGUUCUAAUGUUUAGCUUCCUGAAACCUUUUAAAAUUUCCAAUGCAGGAAUGAAAAUGUUUGAAAGCCUUGUAAAUGCUCGUAGAAGUUUCAGUUAAACACUGUAGAAUUUUCCUACCUAUUGUUGUAUAAAUGAUAUAGAAAAUAUUUUUCUAUGGACAAAAGACUGAAAAUGUUAACUUCUUUUGCUUCAUUGUUUAAAAAGGAAAAAAUGAUAUUUGUAUGUCUUUCAUGCUGUAAAGAAAUGAAUGUAUCUUUCAAAUGUUAUUAGAAUUAAGACUUGAUUCUAAGGAUACUCUUUGUUUAAAAAAAAAGUUAGCAAGGGAUUGAAAAGGAAAGGAAGAGUGUUUUCCACUUCAUUAUACAAAAUGCAAUUUUAGAAGAAAAAUGUAAUUUUCUUUAUAAAUAAGAGCAAUCAUUAUUGAAGUAUAUUUCAAUAUUUCAAAUACCUUCUUUUUCACUUUGCUUUGUGUUAACUUUAGAAGAGAAAUUUUCAAAAAAAUGUGUGCAUACUGUUUUUAAGUGUAAAAUAAUUGAAUUUUAGACUUCUGGAGUGUGUAGGGGUACAUGUGUUUGAGGGUAAGCGUUCGGCUCCAUGCGUUUACCGUGAAGGAAAGUUCUCAGGCUUUGUCACUGUGCCAGCCACAAAUGAGGACAGCAGUCUGAGCGCGUGACUUCGGUGAAGCCAGAAAACCGUGCCUAAGUGUCACCACAGUAAAUAUGUGCAGAGGCCCUGACAAGUAAAUAGUUUGGUUUCUGUUCUCAGUAUCUUGGACAGGUAAGACCACUGAGCCCAACUCUGACGUGUAGCAGUGGUGUCUUAUAUGGUUAAGGGUUUAUUACUUUAGCUGAACAGAAGACAGAAAGAGCCCUACAUUUUAAACCAACAGGCAUAAUUUGUUCAACAAUUUCUUUGAAAGGUAGUAUUUAUUAUUCAUCACUCACUAAGCUUGGCUCAGUGGGGCCUUUGUUAUGUUGACUCCUACUUCCAUCCCUCCAACUUAAAAAAAAAAUUAUUAAUCUCCCUUUACGGUAGUCUUUGUGAAGUAAGGUAAUCUUUUCCUUCAUUGACUUUUGUUACAGUUGUUGAAGGAUUAAUAUCAGGCCCCCUCAACCCUGAGAGUUUCCAAAAUUUAGCAAAUACUACUUCUGAUAAUCUUAACUAAAAUGUCACAUUGCUACAUGAAGUUACCACCAUGAAGCCAUCAAGGAGACUCAGCCCUACUUACAAUCUUAGACUGAAAGAGGUGCUGAUUUGUGGUUUCACUGUAGUGACACUUGAACCCGUUUUACCUUUUAUUGAAAGAAGCUUUUUCGUUUCUACUCCUGAAUUGCAGUGUUCCAUUUUUUUGCCUUCCUGAGCAGGAAAAUUUCAACCCAAUUCUGGGAGUCUCUGGCACUCAUCUUUUCCCACCCUUCAGUUAGUUGACAAGAUUAUUCAUGCUUUCUUGUGUUCUGUAGAGUAGGUCAGAUUUCAAUGCUGAAACUGAUUUCUUGAAUUUCAAACAGCACUUUAUUUCAUGCUUACUACUGACUUAAUUUAUACAUUUAAAGGUAAAAUUUAUCCCAGGAGUUUUGUAAAUAUGGAAAAAUACAAUGGAUUAGCAUGUAGAACUCAUUGGAUUGGACCCAAGUUUAAAUGCUUUACCAUGAUCUCUUGAUCAUUUGAUAUUUAAAAGGUAACUUGUGUGAUUUUAGCUUUGCCACUUUUUUGUAGUUUAUUUAGCACAAUAAAGGCUCUUGCUGGACUCUGAGUCCUCUCAGCUAGCUUCAGCCAAGUUGGGUUCACUAUAAUCAUUCUGCUUUGCAUUUCUGUACAUUACUUGAACACCUGGAAACCCAUCUGUUUGGUUUUGAGUUGUAUUAGGCGUUAAGUCAGUGCUUCACCACCAGUAAGUUGAAGGGGGCAAAGUCCUGACACUUCGUAUACAUGUUGAGGGGCAGGAUUUAAGAGACUAAAAGUUUACAUGAAGCUGUUUUCGUUUUCUGUCAUUAGAAUAUUUCUGCUUUUAGGCAAAUAAAAGCUGUCCAGCCGGUGUUCCUGCAGCACCAGGGAGCUGCAGUUACAAUCCAUACGGUAACCUUUUCAAAUAAGAAACGCUAGUCUUUAUUUUCUACAGUGUAGGCUCGAUUUUAGGACAGAUAGUUUACUAUACACUCAUCAAGGAUAUUUUUAAGUAGUAGUUUUAAAAAUAUUUCUAUGUAGAGGCUGUUUUAAUUUGGGAAUUUUUUUUUCUUGUAACAGGUGCUAUAUGUAAAUAUGAAGGGCAAAAAGUCAUUUAGUUAAAAGUCUAGUUUAUUUCCUAAUUAAAUUAUGAUUUUACAUAUUUGCUGCCAUUUCACGUUUGAUUGUACUGAACUAAAUGGAAUUAGCCCCUUAAUUUUUUAAAUUCUCUUUCCCUGUUUCACAAAAAUAUCUCUUUCCAUAUGGUUUCCCAUAGUUAGGAGACAAGCUUAGGGUUCACUUAAAAUGUUUAAGCUUGAAUUUGGUCAACACUGGAUAAUUUGAAAUCAUCACUAUGCAUUUGUCACUGCAGCUUACUGUGUGCUUGAAAGGCUUUGUGGAUUUGUCUUAAUUUCAGUGAAAAAUUAGAAUUCCUGCAAUGAGUUUCAUGUAAAAAAAACUAUGAAUACUAACAGCAAACAGGAUAAAAAUGUUGAUUUGCAUUAAAACUGUUUUAACCCUAAGAGCAGUUUAUGUUAUGUGAAAUGCUAUUAUUAUACAUAUUUUGUUGGCCAUAAUUCAUUUUGAUUGAGAACUAGUUGUUCAGGUUCAAACGUGAAAAAACUCUAGCUGUGACUUUAAAUUGUUCAACUGCAAAAUAAAGAUGUGCUUUAGUAAUUUAA